AUGGAUGUGGUGGGAGAAAAUGAGGCCCUACAGCAGUUCUUUGAAGUUUGGAGUAUUCGGAUCUGGAGGAACCAUGGGCUGAAUGUCAAUCUUUCUUUGUUUUUACUUGAAGGGCAAGAUGUGCAUGGAGCCCUGGAGAAUGCUAUGGUGGAUACAAGUAUGUUGGAAGAAUUCCUUGGCAGUGACUUGGAAUUUGGAGCCUUGCAAAGCCAGUUACCAGACUCCCCGCCAGAUUCGGGAUCAGAGCCAUAUUCUCCACCACAACUGAAGGCUUUACAUUAUGAUGCUUUAGGACCCACUGAACUGCGGCUGUCACUUUCCUUCCCUUCUGCGAGGGCACCCGAUACAUUUCCUUGUAGAUACCCUGACAGUUUCUCUGACCUGAGCACCAAUGGACAUCCCGGCGGUGUUCCCCAAGACUGCUGUCUCAAGACAGAUAAUGCCGUGUCUCCCUGGAAUACUUCUAUAUCCUCCAGCUCUCUGGGUUUAAAUUAUUCCUACGUUCAGCCAAGGGCCUCUCAUAGUGCUGGUAUUUCCCUGGCAUCAGCUAAAAAGAGAAGAUUGUUAGACGAUGCCACUGAUUCUCCACCAUGGACUAACAACACUCAGCAGGUGACAGUAAAGGACUGUGGCACUGAAGUGCAAGAGUAUGACAGCGAUGGACAGAAUGUAGCGGCUGUGGACAAAUGUUAUCAGGCUCUAACGUGGCAGCCGUAUCAAACUUCUCACUGGAGCGGCUUAUUUAACUAUAGUUACGAAAAACUCCCUGAUAUAGGAUACCACAUUGUCACAGACAAAGGAUUUAAUUUUUCAACAACAGAUGAUGCUUUUGUAUGCCAGAAGAAGAACCAUUUCCAGAUCACAGUCCACAUUAGUGUUGUUGGGAAUCCAAAAUAUGUCAAAACCCAGCUGGGGUUGAAACCUAUUGAAAAGUUUUACUUGAAAACUUUUGGAAUUAAGGUGGACUCCCCAAAUCAGAUAAUCACCAUUGAACAGUCUCAGUCAGACCGAAGCAAAAAAUCUUUCAAUCCUGUAAAACUUGAUCUACCAGCAGACCAGGUAACCAAAGUGACACUGGGAAGGUUACAUUUCAGUGAAACAACAGCAAAUAACAUGAGAAAAAAGGGGAAACCUAAUCCUGACCAAAGAUACUUCAUGCUGGUGGUUGGACUAUAUGCUGUCAGUCAGGACCAGUCCUAUUUAUUGUCUGCACAUGUCUCUGAAAGGAUCAUUGUGAGGGCAUCUAACCCUGGGCAGUUUGAGAAUGACAGUGAUGUGUUGUGGCAGCGAGGACAUGUUCCAGAGACCAUAGUCUGUCAUGGUCGAGUAGGAAUUAACACAGAUGCACCAGAUGAAGCACUGGUUGUCUGUGGAAAUGUGAAAGUGAUGGGGACAGUCAUGCAUCCAUCUGACAGUCGAGCAAAACAGAAUAUCCAGGAGGUUGACCCAACUGAGCAGCUGAGAAGAAUAGCUCAAAUGAGGUUGGUUGAGUAUGACUACAAGCCUGAAUUUGCAUCUGUAAUGGGAAUAAACAGUACCCACGAAACAGGAAUAAUAGCCCAGGAGGUGAAAGAGCUUUUACCGACAGCUGUAAAAGAAGUUGGAGAUAUUACCUGUGAAAAUGGAGAAAAAGUAGAGAAUUUCCUCAUGGUUGAUAAGGAUCAAAUUUUUAUGGAGAAUGUUGGUGCAGUUAAGCAGCUUUGUAAACUAACUAACAACCUUGAAAUCAGGAUAGAAGAAUUGGAAGUGUGGAAUAGAAAACUAGCCAAGCUGAAACGGAUAAGCAGUUUGAAGUCAACAGUCAGUGAAAAGAGCACAUUCAGCAAAUAUAGUCGAGCUCCUAGUCUUUUACCACCAAGAAAACCAGCCCCUGUACAACACAGAAAGGUUUGUUUUUCUGAGAAAAAACAGUCAUGGUCCAACAGGAUUUUCCAGAUCACUGUAAUAGCUUUGAUUGCUGUUAUGGCACUAUGUGUCUUGACAAUAUCCACCCUCUACAUACUUAGCAUAGAAGAGCAAGACAUUAGUCAAAAUCCCAUUCACAGCAAUGCUACAAGUUCCAUUACGCAGCCUCCAUAUACCACCGUGGCAGCACUCAGUGACAGCACAGCUUCUUCAACCAUGACACCCAGCAUUACAAUCCCUGAAGUGAAUUUCUGUGACAUCUUGCCUUGUGACAAGACCUAUUGCUGUUCAAUUCAUCAAACCCACAGAAAAACUCCAAGGUACCAGACAAUGACGACAAAGGAGGAGAGAAACAAAAAUAAAGCGGUACAAGAGAGAUUGAUGGAAAAACCUGAUCUUGGAAUUGACUGGAUUGAUACAACAAUCAGUUCCAUGCAGAUUUUGGAAACGCAGCAAAAAAUUGACCGUCGCUAUUGUAGUAAAGGUCUACAAUGCAGGUCUGGAAAUUACAGCUAUGUUAUUCCUGUUAACAAAUACACACCCAUCAAUGUAAUACUCUCAUUGGAAAUCAACACUACGGAGCCAUUAAUCGUCUUUCAAUGCAAAGUCACUUUUGGAAAUAUAUGUUCCCAUCAGCCACGAAACCGAAACAGAAGGGAGGCUUUCCAGGAAACCACCCAGGGAUGUCAGCAUAUUUGGAUUCUCCCUGUAACUUGGUGGUAUGACAGCGCAUACCAUUUCCGCGUAGCUGCACCGGAUCUUGCAGACUGUUCAACAGAUCCAAAUUAUGCUGGGAUAUUUUUUACUGAUUACUACUUCUACUUCUAUCGACAGUGUAACUAAAAUAUUGCUGAUCAUUCUGUUUAUUGGCAGGAAAGAAGAUAAUACUCAUGGUACUGAAAAGACUAUUGUCUUAGUAAAAAUGUGCAAAUGAAAUGAGAUGUGCAGAAUGUUUCCUAGUUUUUGUUUAACCAUUAACUUUUAGAGACAAGUGGGCAAAAAUAAAUUAUUUGACUGUAGUCCAGGCUCUGCAUGUCGAGUCAUUACUUGUAAAAGGAUGUGAUUUCUGAAAAUCAAUGGAGAGCUUGAUGUGUAGAUAUUAAAGGGUUCCACUUCUCUUAGCAAUGCCAUAAAAUACAGUAGAUGGGGGGAAAAAUAGUGGCAUUCUAAUAUGCUUCAGACUGUUCAGAAGACUUUGACAUAAUAAAAAUAUGAAUUGCA